CACAACUAGUUGACCAUACAGCUGAUAACUAGUAAAGACUAUCACAACUAGUUGACCAUAAAGCUGAUAACUAGUCAAAACACAUCAUACAAAGAUAACAAACACCUCUAUCUCACAUUCACACUGCAAACACAGUACUGAAGACUGAACUGAACAAAUAGAGGUGAAAAAGAGAGAGAGAAAGAAUGAAAUAGAGAGAGAUAUGAUCCAUAUAAAAGCUCUUUGCGUAAUGAUGUGGACUUAGGUGUUUGGUGUGUGUGUUUGUGUCCAGUCAGUAAUGUGUUAUCUGGCUGUCCGGUUUAUAAGUCAUCUCGUUAACCGUAGCCUUGGAGGAGGAGGAGGACAGAGAGAAAGAGAGAGAGAGAGAGAGAGAGUGGAAGCCUCCGGUCUCCGGAAGCGUGGACACACGGGGUUGCCGGCUGCUGUCACCAUCUGCUGUUAACGCUGCGUCAGGAUGUGGGUCGAGGAAAAGGCCAAACCGGAGUCGAACCGGAGAACGGUCGGCAUGCGCCAGCAUUUUGUUAAUGGUCUGGUCUACUGCACUGGAGACAUGGUGCACUUCAGCCGGUACAUGGAGGACAAGGCCUUCAUUUUCCAGCUGGUUGAGUGGAGUAUGCGGGGUGUAGCCAGGGUCAUCCUGGCCAACAACCCCCUGAGUGGUGUUCUGAUCCUGGGAGCUCUGGUCUGGGCCUCCCCCUGGCAGGCUCUACUGGGGACCCUGGGUCUACUGACCUCUACGCUCACUGCUGUUAUCAUAGGACAGGACAGUGAGGAGGUAUCCGGAGGACUCCAUGGGUUCAAUGGGAUGCUGGUGUCUCUGUUGAUGGGGGUGUUCAGCUCUGCAGGAGACUGGUACUGGUGGCUGCUACUGCCUGUCUGUCUGGGGGGAGCUACCAGUACGUUCCUCUACAGUGGCCUGACUCCCCUGCUAGAUAAGUGGGACCUACCUGUGGCUGUGUUCCCCUUCAACAUGGUGAUCCUGCUCUACCUGGCCUGUACUGGUUCCUCUAACCCCUGCUACCCUCACCACCCUGCCACACCACUAGGGGAGCUAGAGAGCAACGCUACCGAGCUCAGCCUCACUCAGCUCCUGCAGGGGGUGCCGUUGGGUGUGGGUCAAAUUUAUGCCUGUGAGGACCUGGGCCCCUCUGUGUUGAUCCUGGGAGCGACGCUGCUCUACUCACCUCUACUGGGAUCACACGCCCUGCUGGGCUCUGGGGCCGGCACACUCGCAGGUCUGUCAGUGUCAGUGCGUCACAGGGCCUUGUACUCCGGGCUGGCGGGGUUUAAUGGAGCUCUGGGUUGUAUGGCCGUGGGAGGACUGUUCUUUACCUUCAGCUGGAGGACACACCUCUUCUCUAUCGCCAGCGCUUUUCUUUCUGCGUAUGCUGAUAUCGCCCUGAGCAAUCUACUUGGAACGGUGGGCCUCCCAGCAUGCAGUUGGGCAGCGACUCUGACCACCACUCUGAUGCUGCUGCUGACGGGGCGGAGCCUGUCUGCAUACCGCAUCCCUACUGGUCGAGUCAUGGCUCCGGAACAGAACAUCCGCUGUCAUAGCCAAUGGGCUGCCAGAGAGACCACAGACAGCACUGACGUGUAGACACAUACACACAACUGCCUUAACCCAUAAAAUGAUGAUAUCAAUAUUGUCCACAUGAUGGCGCACUAAGUCAGGCAGGUGUAAGCAAGUUUCCGCUCGGUAGCCUACAGAUCUAAGAUCAGCUUCCCCUGCCUGAUCUUAACCUUAACCAUUAGAAUGAAAAAUGAUGCAAAACUGACCUAGGAUCAGCAUCUAGGAGUAACUUCACCCUACACUGAAGAGGCCUCGGUAACAGUCGCCUUAACCUGCCUGGAUAAAUACUGAACCACAGGGACAAGCGCAUACUUUGGGAGAAAGGAUGGGAUGUACAUAGCCUUUCUUGCUUCACUGGGCCUAUAAAGGGACCGAUUGAAGUCAAUGUCUUUGACUCAGUGUUGUAGGCUACAAUAGGCUACAUGCUGAUUUAAAAACCACUUUCUGUGUCUCUUGUCUGUCAUCGUAGCCUGUGGAGGCCAACUACUAAACUUGUCAAAUAAACACUGUUUCCACUUUCA